AUGGGACCUGUUGACCUUUGUUCCCACAAGGAUAAGGAUUCUCUGAUAAAGACAGUUCAGGAUGGAGUUGCAGCAGAGAUAAGGAUGCAUAUAGCAGUUUUGGGUCUCGAGAGUCAAGAGGAAGGUCUGGUUAUUUCAGUGACCGUGGAAGUGAAGCUAAACAAGAAGUGCCUUCUUGGUUGGAACAUAUGGCUUAUAAACACCACCACAAGGGUGGCAAUCGCGGACAAUCUAAAAGAUUCAGCGGAGGAUUUGGUGCUAGAGACUAUCGACAGAGUAGUGGUUCCAGCAGUUCUGGCUUCAGUGGUAGUCGUGCAAGCAGCAGCCACAGUGGUGGAGGUGGUUACGGCAAUAAUAGAGGAUUUGGUGGAGGUGGCUAUGGAGGCUUCUACAACAGUGAAGGAUAUGGAGGAAAUUAUGACUUCCAAGGGGUUGACUGGUGGGGCAACUGAAUCUGCUUUGCACCAAAGUCACCCUUACAAACAAGCUAAUAUGGAAACCACAUGUAACUUAGCCAGACUGUAUCGUGUAGCCUCCAGAACUUGCAGUACAUUACCAGCAUUAAUUGUCCUGAAAAUUCAGGGGAGCUCGAAGUCACAAGAAGAAAAACGAAAGGAAAUAAAACAGCAGCCCUAUUCAGAAAUUGGUUUGAAGACUUAAUUGCUGUAGUUUGGAUUUAACUCUUCCCCUCUGGCUUUCGUCCCACCCCAAACUGCAUUUAUAAGUUUGUGGCUAAGGAUCGUUUUGUUUGUUAAGGUUCUGUGACUUUAACUUUAGACAACUUAUUACUUUGAUGUCCUGUGGGAUCAGUAAUGCUCAUGUUACCCACUGUUUUGACAAAAUAAAUUUACUAAACUUGGUCUAAAAUCAAAUGUUGGCACACAGGUGUGAUACAACUUCAACAGGAAUCAUCAAUUCAUCCAUAAAUAUAAAUGGG